AUGGUCAUCUUGAGCUACUUGAACGCCAUCCAAUUCAGCCUGUAUUUCAGCUCCAUGUGGCCCUAUUUGCAGAUUGUAAGUGGAGUUUUUCGGGUUUCGGAAAUGAUUUGUUCUCGGUCAAUAAGCGAAAAAAUAUUUGUUUUUCACAGUGCGGUUUUGUAGUUGAAAAAAGCCUAGGAUUUUGCACUGUGCAAUUUUAUAGUUUAAAAAAGCCUAUAUUUUCGCACUGUGCAAUUUUGUAGUUGAAAAAAGCCUAGGAUUUUGCACUGUGCAAUUUUAUAGUUUAAAAAAGCCUAUAUUUUCGCACUGUGCAAUUUUGUAGUUGAAAAAAGCCUAGGAUUUUGCACUGUGCAAUUUCGUAGUUGAAAAAAGCCUAGAAUUUUGCACAGUGCAAAACUUUAGUUCGGAAAAGCCCACAUUUCUUCACUGUGCACAUUUUUAGGUGAAAGAAAAGCCUAAAUUUUUGCACAGUGCAGUGUGAUUGUGGGCAUUUGGAACUUUUCGGAAAUCGGGCAACUUAGAAUUUUGCAGCUGCCAAUGGAAAAAACGCAAACUGAAAUUCUUCAAGCAUUUUUUGCACAGUGCAAUUUCAUAGUUGAAAAAAAGCCUACGCUUUUGCACUGUGCAAUUUUAUAGUUGAAAAAAGCCUAGAUUUUUGCACAGUGCAAUCAUCUAGUUGAAAAAAGUCGACAUUUUUGCACUGUGCGGUGUGGUCGAGAGCACCUUUUUUUAAGUUUACACUGUGUAGGUUCUAAAUAAACCCAAAUUUUCGUACAGUGCAAAAAACUAGAAUGAAUUUAACCUAAAUUUUUUCACAGUGCAAAAUCUUAGUUUCAAAAAGCCUAUACUUUUGCACUGUGCAAUCUUCUAGUUAUAAAAAGCCUAUGCUUUUGCACAGUGCCGUUUUAUAGCUAUAAAAAGCCUAAAUUUUUGCACAGUGCAAUAAUCUAGUUGAAAAAAGCCUAAAUUUUCGCACUGUGCAAAAUCUUACUUUCAAAAAGCCUAUACUUUUGCACUGUGCGGAUUUUUUUUUGAAUUUUUUCUUGCACUGUGCAAUUUUUCGAAAGUUUUGCUCUAAAAUACGUCUUUUCCUUACCCAAAAAAUAUGAUUUCAGUUAGAUCCCACGUCCACGGAGCGUUUCUACGGUAACGUAAUUGCGGUCUAUUCGUUUGGUCAAAUCCUUGGCGCUCCUUUGAUUGGAUUCUGGAGCAAUAAACAGAAGAAUGUAAAGUAUCCGAUCAUCGCGUGUCUCGCCCUCAGCAUCCUCGGGAAUAUCAUGUAUUUCACGGCGCAGGUGUUUGAGAGCCAUCCGGCGAGGAGAUACAUAGUCUUUUCUUCCCGAGCCAUUGUCGGAUUUUCGGCUGGUAAGCGGACGCUUAUUUCGCUUUGUCAAUUCCAAUCUUUUUUACGCACUUUUCAGGGGUUUUCAGUCUGCUGCGCAGCUACGGAGUGAUGGCCAGCAAAGCGGACGACCGCUCCAGGACCAUCGCCUUCAUCACUGGCGGCUUUGCGUUGGGAAUGACGACUGGACCAGCGGUUCAACUCCUCUUCACCCCGAUGGGUUAUCCGGGCUGGAAUCUCGUCGGAGGCAUGCUGAUUAACAUGUACACAGCCCCAUCAUUCAUCGCGAUGGUUGUGAAUUUUGCCGGAAUUUUCGUUGUUUUCUUCAUGUUCGAAGAAAAAUACGCCGGAAUCGCGAAGAGGGUCCAGGUCAAUGUGAGAUUUUGUUGUGCUAAAUGGUUGAGCCUGAACUCUCCCCCUUUUUUGAACACUCCCGAAUUUUGAAAAAUGAAAAAUGAGGUGUGACAUCUUAUACGAUGAAAACUUUUUUAAAAUUGAAAAAAUGAGGUGUGACAUGUUAUACGAUGAAAAGUUUUUUUUCAAAUUGAAAAAAUGAGGUGUGACAUGUUAUACGAUGAAAAGUUUUAUUUCAAAUUGAAAAAAUUAGGUGUGACAUCUUAUACAAUGCAAUUUUUUUUCAAAUUAAGAUGUCACACCCAAUUUUUCUCAAUUUGAAAAAAAAUUCCAUCGUAUAACAUGUCACGCCUCAUUUUUUCAAUUUUCAAAAUGAGGGGGAGUGAACAUUUUUUCCCGAAUUUUGUCACGAAAAUUUUUAUGCCAAUUUCUAUCGUAUUCUCUAAGACAUAUGCGAGAUUUUUAGUCCGCGCUUCGAAAAAACGACCGAGAUUUUUAGCUCAAAAGUUUGUGAAAAAUGUGAAAUUUUUUUUUGCGAAUUUCCCCCCUGAAAAGUUGCACGGUUAUUUCUACAAUUUAAGAGGGUAAUGUUUCCACAAAAAAUCAAUUUUUCCGUACAAAACUGGCAAAGAUAUGGCCAAAAAGCCGAUUUUUCUCUGACCGCUCUCCGCAUUUCGCGUGCUCUCUCGGCCACGAUUUUUUUUUUGUUAUUUGAAUAACUCGGCUGUCUUUACAGAUCUCGAGCUAAAAUUUGAAGGGAUUGAUAAAUGAUCUAUGAUCAGAAUAUGUGUAAAAUUUAAAAAAAAAUUCAAAAAAAAAAAUAAUAAAAAAUUCCAGGAAAAUGGCGAGCUGGAGAAGGUGAAGCUCCCUCCAUACGACAAGCUGGCCGUCUUUAUUUGCUGUUUCAUCCGCUUCACUCAAAUGUUCACCUACACAAACUUGGAGACGUUGGGCAGUCCCAUGGCUAUGACGAUUUUCGCGUUGACGAAAAAGGAGGCUGUCACGGUUGUCGCCACUUCCCAUGCAGUUUUGAGUACGCUAGCGUUCCUGAUAUACGGCUCGUUUGUGGUGUUCAAGAUGGAUAAACGGUGAGCGACGGCUACGCAAGAUUAUCGCAAUUUUUUUGGUCCCACCACGAAAACCCUGAAGAUCAGGGAACCUGUCAGAAUCUUGAAAAUGUACAUUGUAGGGUAUUUGACUAAUAAUUACAUCGACAAUUUUAUUCUAUUUUCAAAAUUAGCGCUAUUAUCCCAAUUUUUUGGGUCCCACCACGAAAACCCUGAAGAUCAGGGGAAACCGUCAAAAUUUAGAAUCAGAAGGAAAGAAACGUAUUUUACUAAUUACUACAUCGAUGAUUUUGUUUUAUUUUCAAAAUUACGCGAUAUUAACGGAUUUUUUGGGUCCCACCACGAAAACCCUGAAGAUCAGGGAAGCUCAUCAAAUCCCUCCCAAAUGCCCUCAAAUCCUUCUAAAAGCUUACUGUAACCUUGUUCAACCUCAUUUUACAGUGUCAACUACCGAAAAUGCUGCAUACUCGGCCUAUGUAUCCUCUUGCUCUUCCACAUUGUCACAUAUUCCUACCCAUUUCUACCGGGCCACCUCUCCACCUACAACAACCUCGACCUCUUCAACUCCACCACAGAGCCGGUGGGCUGUAACAGCGACCGAUUCGACUGGUGCGACACCGUGAAACCGAUGAAUAUUUACUUGUUUUACAUUGCGUACUCACUGUGCAUUGGGAUCGCGUUUCCCACGAUAAAUCUCUCAAUGAACACAAUGUUUACGCAGAUUAUCGGGCCGAGGCGACAAGCGACGUUGCAGGGGAUUCAGCAGAUGUUCGGGAGCAUGGCGAGGCUGACUGGGCCGUUGAUUAUCAGGUGGGAAAACAUAUUUUCUCAAAAAAUUGAUGUUUCAGAGGGUUCUUUAGGUAGGGAAGUGCUAGAAGUUUUGUGGACAGACAUGGCUAGAGGGCCGGGUUUCUGGCAUUUCCGGGUCUCCGGCCGUCGAAGCCGGCCCGGCGCAGUGCAGGUUGACGCCAAGUCAACAACCCGAAAGAGUGAGGUCUCCUCUAAGUCUUAGGCAAACUUGUAUUGCUAACUCAAUGACGAAAAAACGAAAUAAGUGGACUUGCAUUAUCUAUGGUCAUUAAAAACUAGCUCCGCGAAUUGGAUGAAUUCUGUAUGUUUCCCUGAAACAAAAUCAACAUUUUUGGCAUAAAAUGAAAGAAGAACACCUCCUCUUGCUAAUAAUAACUUACUUGACCACUUUUCAGUCCAUCUUCAUGGAGAAACAGGCUGGACAAUAUGUCAAGAAAACAAAAAUAAUUAUUUUCAGGAGAGAGAACCUUGACACAUCAGGGAAAGACUUGGCGUCAACCUGCAGUGCGGUGCUUCUCAGAUUUUCGAAGCCAGGCCCGGCGGCGUGGACCUAUGGUCCAGCCCGGCCUAGACAUGGCUCUGAAGCUUGACUUUGCCUUUUACUUUUAUUGGAAAUCCCAAUUUUCGCUUUGCGGCUGACAAUUGUAAGGGCCGAUUAGAGGCCGGGGGCCAAUAUGCUAUCUGAAAGUUUGCUGAGGGUUUGCUGAAAAUUGUUGUGUCCCGAAACAAAAAUGGUAGGGCGCAGCGCGGAAAACAACGUUUCGCAGCUCGCCGGAGCUAAGUUUCAGCUUGUUUUCGAGCUGUGCCCGCGGAAGUUCUCCGAGCUGCGCCCUAUGAUUUUCAGCAAACUUUCAGAUAGCGCAUUGGCCCCGGCGCAGGGCCCCCUUGGAGUGCCGGAAAAGGACGGCGCAAUUUUUCAAACUCGCUCGGUCCAGUCUAGCCCAACUUUGAAGGUUAAGCAAUUUUUAGAACGACUUUGAAUGCAAUUUUCCCGCCAUUUUGGCAAUAUUUUGGCAUUGUGUUUUUUGGUACUUUUCAGGGUCUUUUAUCAUUGACUGAAACAUUUCGAACAACAAACAGUGAAAACGGCUAUUUUUUUGAGCUUGUGCGCUAGUGACAAGCGUGGGAAAAGGUUCAGAAUGCAAAGUGCGGAAGUGAGAAAACGUCCAUGCACUUUAUGAAAAUAAUAAUAGCAAAACUUGUUGAUUUCAGCAACAUCUACCAAGCCUUUGGUCCGACCAUUUCGUGGGACAUUGAAAUUCUCGUCCUUCUCGGCACGAUCGCCGUACCUCUCAUUUUCCGACGUCGACUGGUACCUUUGAAAGUUUGA